CCGCCACCAGGGCUGUAUCCGGCACUCCACCAACGAGAUACGUUCGAGCAGCCGCUCCUCUUCCUCUCGAGUCUCGACCUCUCCCAUCUCCACGACUCCGCCUCCUCCCUCCGGCUUCCGCGACCGCGCCGCCCUCCAACUUCUCCUCUCCUCUACGGCUGGCGAGAUCUAGAGCUCCGCUCCUCCAUGAUUGGAGCUUCUGCACCUUGCCGCCGACAAGAUCCAUGACAGCUUCUGUAGCUCGUCGUCGCCCUCCCCAUGUUGGAUUACGAGGCAGGUAGGCUCCAUCCCCUCUCGCCUGCCAUCCCAGCUACCGUCCAUCGAGCCGCCCUACCCUGUAGUUGUGUCCUCGCCAUCACCAGUCUCCUCCAGAUCUGGCGAGCACACGGACAUGCCUGCAGGCAAGGCAUGCCCGUGGAUAGCGGGCGCGGGCACGAAAUUUUGGUCACGGGCGCGGGCACGCGACACUGCUAUCCGCGUGGAUUUUCCAUCUUUAUACUUAAUAUAUAUAUCACCCUAAAUGGUAUAGUAUGAUCAUAUAAAGAGACAAAAUUUUUCGUCCAGCCCAUUCUAAUCUGGCCUAACACCGCCGUGCCACUUGCUUGCUUUCAGCCCACUAGCAGCCCACUCGUUCACGUCGAUCGACUUCUCUCAUCACGACACUCUCAUCUCCCUAGGUUGCCGCCGCUUCCGUGUCCCGCACCGCGGCUCCUAGCGCAGCGCCGCCGCUACUCCGCGCCAAUGCUCAUCCAGUCCGUGCGCAGUGCCGCCGUUCCUCCCGUCUGCAUGCAGGGCCGAGGCCGCCACUCCUCACGUCCACACACAGGGCCGAGGAGGUCGAAGUGAUGGCGCGAAGGCAGAACCACCGGCCGGUCGGAGCUACCGGAUGCGGACCUCCAUCCGGUGACCCUACCAUCGUUUGGGCCGGGCUCCGAUGCAGGCAUCCAGCACUGGUACGGAAGUUUGUCGGCGUUGCGAAGAGGGAGGGAGAUGCCGUGGGAAGCGACGGAGAUUGCACGUGCCACUUUGCUCGGGGAGUUGCUGGAAUAAUGCUGGUGUAUGCGCUGGUUUCCUACAGCAGCGUAGGUGCUGCUCCAAAGACAGCCAGGUACAAGCAUAGCGAGUCGGAAUAAGAAUCCAGUUGAACCAAGACAUCAGCUUGGAUAGGGACUCCAAUUCAGACCGGGAAAAAUCCAUGAUAAGUUCUACAUGAACUCCAAGUUCGAUAGAGAUCUCGGUUGAAAAAGGUGCCAAUGCGUAGGUUUCUAAUCCUGAUGAUAUCGCCGAGCUAAACAAUCCUUAUCUUGCCGAACAGAAGUACAGAAGUUCCUCAUCUCGCUUGAGCAAGCAAGGUUUGAAUCUUGAAGUUGCUAUUUCUUCCUCUUCACUGACUCUGCAGCCACACUAUUUUUGAGGAUGCUACUCCAGAACUGGCCGGUAGAGAAGACUGGGUAGAGAUUUCUUCUUGGAUGGUGAUUUUUAUCUAAAGUGAGAUCCCAUGCUUGUAUAAUCGAAAAUUUUGGAUGAGAUCCCUCAGAAUGGAGCAAUAGUUCCACUGAAUAAAAAAAAAGUGAUUGUGAAUACAUCUUUGGAGGAUUUAUACACGAAUCCGGACUUACUACUGUGUUUCAAAGGUAAAGUAUUUUAUUAACAUAUGCGUUUACUCAUGUAAUGCUAUGCUCCCUUCAUUAUCUGAAAAAAAAGGAUUCAUACAAAGGCCAUUAUGCUUUUUUUAAAAAAAAAAAUCAGGGGGUGACUGAUUAGACCACCAUGCUUUUGGAACAGUUAACACUCACUAUAUUUAUUAGUUUGUCUUUGUAUUGUGCAAAAGCUUAAUGGUUUAUCAAGUUUCCAAUGAACUGGUAAAACCAGAGAAUUUGGUCAUCUCAGAAUAAGACAGGCAUUCAUUGCAGAAAUAACAGACGCUAUGGUUAGUGACAAAGCUUAGGUGAGAUCUUUCCAGCAAUCUCAUCUUCUAACGAUCUGGCCAAAACAAAUCUGAACGUACUACACCAUGGUGUAUGUCUACAUGUUUUUGAAAAAUAUAAAUUUGACCAUGGAUUAGUAUCACGGUUGUGGAACUACUAAUACAAUUAAGAUAUUUUUUUUUCUUUUUAAAUUCCAAUGGCCCCCUUGUGCUGUAGAUUAGGAAGAUCAGUGUAAAUUGAUAUUGAAACUAGAAAGGAAUUUGUGAAGACUGGCUUUUACUCCAUUUGGCUUGAAGGUGAAAGGUUGUUGAGCCGGUUUGCUGCUGCACAAUUAAUGGGAUAAAGAUCAGUGGCGUCCUUUCAUGGAGCCAUUGUGGUUCACCAAAUCCUAUUCCUAUGUAUUGUCUUCACUACCGCAGAGCUCAACGUAUUCUUCCUCAAGUUCUGUCGAUGCAUCCCUCCAAGGAAUGUACGUAGUGGUGUUGGUGGACCUCCUUGCCGCUGUGUAGGGACAAAUGUGGUGAUCGAUCGGUGUCGAAUGAGAUGGAAGCACUGUUUUUGGGCUGGCAUGGUGUCGACAUGUCAUGCAUGCAUGUGACAUGAUCGGCACGGCAGCGACCUCCUGCAUGCAUGCAGUGGCUUCAUGCAUGGUGCUUGGAUGUGAUGGUUUUGGAGAUGGGCUCUUUCAGGCGAAUACCAUGAUCGACACUAAGUCGUGGCCGAUAAUGCUGACGUUUUGGCACUACUACACUGGUUAGACGCAUUUAUCCCUAUACAGCGGCAAGGAGCUCCAUUGCCCUUCUAGUGGUUCCUUUGAAAAAUCUUGAUUCUCUAUUUGGCGUUGGUGGCAUUUGUGAAUGUCAUUUCCAUCCUUGGGAGGCAUCGCUAUAGGCGGCCACUAUAUGUCCCUCACACUACUAGGUAUGUGAACAUACAUGAUGAACAACUGUUGUUACUCUAAAAGCAAUAUUCAUCAUAAUGAACAUUUUUGUGACGUAUUAGUGACCAAAUUCAAUUUGUCAAAAACAGAGCGUCACAUUGGUUGCGCUGUGAUGAACCCGAGGUAUGGGUCAUAGAAGUGCAAAAAAUUAACUAUCACAGAACUAUUUUGCAACACGAAGUAGUUGAGCUAUUGCCUUAUCUGAUGUGCGACAUACAGCAGCUGCACCGCCGGCUGUGGUGGUAAUGCCAAACAAAUUCAACAAUAUUAAUGAUCUGUUUGUUGGACAUUAAUUUUCAAAAUUUUCAUCAAGGAGGCCAAAAGUUUAUCGGUCCUUCACUAACACACAGCUGGGAUGCAGAGAGAAAUGGUCAAGUUUGCAGUUCAGCACACCGGACUAGAAAGCACACUACAAUAAUGGUCAAAUUCAACUGAUAUUGCAAGAAAAGUCAGAGACUGCACGUCGUCUUGGGCUGCUUCUCUGUACCACCUGCUUUGCCUGCCUAUAUAUGCGCUGUUCUUCCAUCUCCCAUCGCACCAACAAUUCAUCACUCUCACAAGCAACCAGCUACAGUUUACAAAAGUACAGUCUAUUAUUUAUUUCCGCUACUCACAGCUCCAUUUGUAAACCAUGGCGUCGUCCCAGGCCAUCGAAAGCCACCGUGCCGGUGCAGCGGUCGUCACUGGAGAUGCCGCAUGCAGGAACAAAUCUGUUGAGAUGCUAGAGGAGCUCGGCCUCCCAAAGGGCCUGCUUCCUAUGGAGGACAUCCAGGAGUUUGGGUACAACCGCGACACGGGGUUCAUGUGGCUGCUGCAGCGGAAGAAGAAGGUCGAGCACACCUUCAAGAAGAUCAAGCAGACGGUGUCGUAUGCCACCGAGGUCACGGCGUUUGUCGAUAAGGGCAAGCUGAGCAAGAUCACUGGUGUCAAGACCAAGGAGCUGAUGCUCUGGCUUAGCGUUGUUGAGGUGUAUGUCCCAGAGGCCUUGCCAGAGAAGGUCACCUUCAAGACUGGCACCGGCCUCUCCGACAGCUUCGAUGGCGCUGCCUUUGCGCUUGGGGAAUAAGCCAAUAGGCGAGAAUAUGAUGGGCAUGCGAAAACCUCAGUAUUCUUACUGCUAAAAAUACAUACUGCAUGAGCUCUGUGUUUUCAAAACUAAAAAUCUGUAUAAAUGAUUGUUUGACUCAUAUUUUGUAUUCCCUUUACCCUUCUUAGAAAUGAAUAAAGGAUAUGUUCUUUCUUAAUUUAUAAAACAAAAAA